AUGUGGGUCGUGCUGAUCCUAGUUGCAUUUCUUGUGCUGCAGGUGCAGGGAAAAGAUAUUACGCUGGAUUUCAAUGUGAGUUGGAUUGAUGGUGUGAAUUUGGAUGGCCAGUUUUCGCGCCGGGCUAUUGGAAUUAAUGGACAAUGGCCGCCUGCGCCCGUCUCUGUGAUGUCCAACGACAUUUUGAAAGUCAAUUACAGGAACACAUUCGGGGAUGGUACUGUCUCUACGCUGCAUGCGCAUGGCUUGCUUUACAACGGUACCAAUUAUUUUGACGGUGCAGCUGGCGUUGCUCAAUGCCCUGUACCGGAUGGGCAAAUGUACCCGUACGAGAUCUUGAAUUCGCCACAUGGUUCGACUGCCACAAAGAAAGAGACUGGCACGUACUGGAUGCAUGGGCAUUACAAGGGCCAGUACGUGGAUGGUCUUCGUUUUCCUUUUAUUAUCCACAACAGUGAAGGAGAACCACACCAAUACGAUGACGACUAUACAGUUAUUCUGGCAGACUGGUAUCGUCACGAACACCAUUAUCUCGUGAAGCAUGUGUACUUAAAGCCAAAUGGUACCUAUCCUACCCCAUCAUCUGGAUUGAUGUACUUUGCGCAUACCAAAGCUGGAAAGGAGGCCAAGUAUCUGGACGGAUUCAACGAGAAUGCCACACUGCCAUUCGAACCUGGCAAGAAGUAUCGUUUGCGAGUCAUCAACAUGUCUGCUGCGUCCAUGUUUAAUGUAUGGCUGGAAGGCCAUAAAAUGAGCAUUAUUGAAGUGGAUGGUGUGGAUGUAGAACCCUAUCCUAUCGAUACACUCCAGAUCACCAUUGGUCAACGGUAUUCCAUCCUAGUGGAAGCUCGGAAUGAAACGUCGCACAACUGGAAGAUGCAUGCGAAUAUGGACCCAUCGAUGUUCCCGCCACGAUCGUCGCUGUCAUUAAAUCUGACUAGCACUAUUUCGUAUGGAAAUCGAACAGCCAAGAUGGGAUCUGACAGGCCUACAGUGGAUUCAUACGAGCUGCUCUUUGAUGAGACUCGGUUGAAGCCCGUCGACGUGGUUCCGAUGGUUGAGGCUGAUAUGUCUGUCAAUAUGAUUGCAGGAAUGCCCAUGUACGAGGAUGGCAUUGUUCGUGGCACGUUCAACAACAAAACCUUUGUACCGCCUUUGACACCUUCCAUUUUGAGUAUGACCACACUUCCUCCGUCGUAUGCUACAAACGCUGCGUCGUAUGGCCCCUACUCCAAUGCAGUUGUGGCAUCGCAUAUGCAGAUGGUCGAAAUGGUUAUUCUUAACUUCUCCAAGGACAAGCAUCCAUUCCAUCUGCACGGUACCAAGUUCCAAGUGGUAAAUAAGGUAAGCGAUCUUCGGACCAUGGACCGAAAGAAGAAUCCACCACUGCGUGAGAACCAGAAGAACCCUGUGCGACGUGAUACUGUAGCUGUGCCCAGCGGUGGCAGUGUCACGAUCCGUUUCCGUGCCGACAACCCUGGCGCAUGGAUUAUGCACUGUCAUAUGGACUGGCACCUGUCAGCUGGUAUGGCGAUGCUCAUGAUCCAGGCUCCUGAUCAAGCUUCAUCCCUGCAUGUGCCCAAGGUCCUAAAAGAUCAGUGCAAGAUGCAAGGUUUCCCUAUUUCCGGCAACGCUGGUGGUAUUCCCAACUCGACCAUUGCCUUUGGCUCCCUGUCUGUUCCACCUCCGCUUGCGCAUUAA